AUGGAUCCUGACCUUCAAGAGCACUACGUGGCAUUCAUGAGCGAAUACAUCCGAUUAGGCCACAUGCGUCCAGUGUCGGAGCAGGAGAUGGAGAACUGCCCUCAGAGGGUUAACUAUAUACCUCAUCACGCCAUCUGGCAGCGCAGUGACGGCGGGCGGCGCCUUCGAGUUGUUUUCAACGACUCGAGCCCCACCUCAACGGGAUACAGUCUGAACGACGCUCUCUAUCCAGGGCCCAAAUUACAAAAUGACAUUGUCAGUGUCCUCACUCGGUGGAGAUUUUACCGAGUAGCCUUCUGUGCAGACAUCAAGAUGAUGUUCCGUCAGAUACAAAUCCGAAAGGAGGACGUGCAUUUACGAGUCAUCUGGAGUCAAGGUGAAAAUGAGCCUGAGACUCACUAUGUCUUGCUUACAGUCACCUACGUAGAGGCUAGCGCACCUUAUUUAGCGUUGAAGACUCUAACGCAACUGUGCGAGGACGAAGGAGCUGCCUUUCCUGAAGCAGUUGACGCUGUCCGCCGAAAUCUUUAUGUCGACGACUUCUUGACCGGCGCAGACGACGAGGACACGGCGAGAAAGCGCAGAGAUCAACUGGUUCAACUUCUGAAGGCGGGCGGCUUCGUACUCAAGAAGUGGGUCUCAAACACGCCAUCUCUUUUGCACGAUUUGAAAGUCGAAGAUUUGCUGCGACCGAGCUGGCUUCACUUCACCAUGGAUGAUCCAGUGAAUGAGUUGGGAACUGCUUGGGAUCCGAGUGCUGAUUGCUUUCGGUUUUCCCCCCCUGCAUUCAACAAGAGUGAUACACUGACAAAGCGUCGUGUCCUGGCUGAAGCGGCUCGGCUUUUCGACCCUGCUGGCUGGCUGUCACCCAUUAUUGUCGUGGCCAAAAUGCUUAUUCAAGACCUUUGGAGGGCGAAGCUAACGCGGGAUGAGCCACUGCCGGCAUCUUACGCCAAGCGAUGGGAGUCAUUUCGCUCCAAGCUGUCUGAAGUCUCCCUACUUACCCUUACUCGAUGGCUUCAAUCGUCCCCAGCCAGUUCGAUCCAACUACACGCCUUUGCCGACGCCAGCAGAAGAGCCUUGGCGACGGUGAUCUACAUCAGAGUCGAGCAGGAAUCUGGCACGGUAAAUGUGAGUCUCAUCGGUGCGAAGACAAAGCUUUCUCCGAUCAAAAGUCUCGUUCCACUGGAGCGACAGAAUACACGGAUGACUAUUCCCCGAUUAGAGCUGAGAGCUGCUCUUCUUGCUGCUCGCCUACUCAGACUCGUGGAUGCGAGCUUGACGAUCUUGGAUUGCACGUAUUACCUUUGGAGUGACUCGAGCACGGUACUCAGCUGGCUAUGCUCCAGCGAGCCUGUUGGGAACGAUCUUGUCGACAAUUAUGUCCAUCACAUUCAGGAACUCACAGCUCACGGUACCUGGCGCUACGUUCCCUCCAGCGACAACCCGGCUGACAUCACUACCAGGGGUGUGGAACCUUCGACUCUUCAACACAACACCCUCUAA